AGAAGUACACGAUAACGUGCGAAUAAAACAACAUUGGCGAAUGUUGUGUUUCACGGAGACUUGUCCAGUGAAAAAAACGAGAAAAAUGAACUUGAACUUUUCCUGACCAACAUUCUCAUAUUUUGUGUUUAUCGCCGUAACGCAGGACAUUCCAACACGAAGAGAGUGUCCAGGAAUACGAAUAGAGAGGCCUUUUUCCCUUCCUGCUCUCAGGGAAUAUAUGUUUCAUCCCAUUUUCACAUUAAAUUUUCAGAAAGCCCAAAAUGACAGCUGAUGAGAUACGUCCCAAAAGACAAGGAUGGGACGAAAUAAUUGCCCUGAAAUUAAAAAAACCGAAAAAUUGGAACUGGGAAUUAACGACAUCGAAAUCAUCACCACAUAUUCUAUUUCCGGUGAUCAGGCUUUAUGAUUACAGAGGAAAUUUAGUUCUGGAAACCCAGGAUACUGGUCCAGCCAAUCAGAGAAAGAGUUGGCACAGCGAUUGUCCUCAAACAGAAAAGCAAUGGAAAAUUCCAAGGGAAUCAAAGUUGAGAACGAGUCAGUCGGAACGGGGAUGUAGCGACAAGAGGGAUGUCCUCACGCCAAACAAACCGGGGGCAUCGAUUAACCGGAGGGAUGGACGACGAUCGGGCAAAAACAACAACGAUUUUGCGAAAACUUCCUGUGAGAAUAUCAACGUGACAGCCGGAAAUUCGACCAAACAACCGGGAACGGACGGAAGUAGGGAACAAAACAAAGAUGCGAUACGUGUAGAAGACAGCAGAGUUUCGAGAUUCAAGGAUGGCUGUCUGGAGAAGUCCUGGAGCGAUGUAGUGUGGAAGAAGCAAGGACAACGACAUAGGCGAACGAGAAGCGAUGAUGUCUAUAGAAGAAAGAUGAAAUAUAAUGAUGUUACAAUCGAUGAUAUUCUGUUGAUAGGAGAACAAGCAUCACCAAAUAAUGAAAAUGAUUCCAAUCAUGAACCUGACUCGACUAAGAAUUCUUCUAGCAACACAGGAUACGGAAGGCCCGGCAGAACUUCCUCGAAGUAUGACAGCCGUUAUAUUUCAGAAAAUUCCGACAACACUAGAAUAAUUCAGUCGACGGCACAUCCCAGGUAUAAAACAAGGACGAGCAGUGCUGGCACGUUGAUAAUAAGCGAGGAAAGUUUCUACAAACCGAAUAGACGAAAACGCCCUGAGCGAGAAAACACAUCGGCGGAUAUGACGUCAGCAAAGAUUUCUCCGGACAAAGCCAACUCGGCGGGAAGUUCUGUUAAAUCUUCGGAGAACGAGUCUAAUUGCGACUAUCUAAAUGGAAAGACGUCAUCUGAGAGCAGAAAAUCGACGCUUACCCCAUGUACGCCUACUUCUUACCGAAUAUCGUUUCCCUCAACCGAGGACGAUGAUAAUUCUGUUAGAACAGUAAUUUCGCGGAUCAGAUGGCGACAUGAGCAAUCACAGCUCGCGAAGGAAAACGAUGGAGACGAGCUGGCUGAAGGAAUUUGUGAACCGGAAGUAUUCCGCAGAUCAUCCCCUUCGAUGCAGAGCGCCACCGAAGCCUCGCAGAAACCGUCCCAGUGGCAACAAUACCGCAAGAAGAAACGGAGGAAGGUACGGAAUCAGCGUCGUCACAGUGAUGGAUCGACGUCCUCCAACGGCGAUAAUGCAGGGAGCAGAAGCGGUGGCCAAGCAGGAACAUCUGUGCCGAAAGCUUGCAUCAAACCCAAACAACACCACACAUCGCCUGCUUCCGCUCAGAUCUUCCAGGGUGACCUCGACGUCCCCGACGGAGGUUCCUCUGCCGCCCAUUUACUAGACCUAGUAAGGCAUUUAUCAUCCCAAGCAGACCACCAUGUGACUACAGUGAUGGGCGCCAACGUCAGCCGCCACUCGUCCAAGGGCCUAUCCGGCCGAAGGUCGCAGUCCAGCGGAAGCAUCUGCAACGGCAAGGGAAGGCACAAUGAAGGAAAAUAUUGCGGCAGCCUACCCAGCUAUUUGGACGACAGGGACGCAGGAAGCUGCAACAAUAACUAUGACUGCGAGAAGGCAGCCGCUGAUGAGGUUCCUAGAAUUCCACCAUUGAGUGACGGCGCGCCACUGCAUUGGAAAUUCUCGGAUACGCAAACAGCACUUUGCGACCAAGGCUACGGUUCUGAGCGAUCCCCUGAAGAGGAAUAUCCACCACCAAUACCUGAGCACGAGGGACAUGAUCAUCACUUUUUAGAACCUCACGAAUGUUACCCCUUCAUCACUACUGAGAGUACAUUCCUGGUAAAGCUGAACAAAGGUUCUCGAGGCUUAGGACUCAGCGUGACGGGUGGAAUCGACAGUGGCGGCUCGUGGCCAGGUUUGAUUCGUAUCAAAAGACUGUUUCCUCACCAACCUGCUUCUCAGUGUGGACUGAUCAACGUUGGAGAUCUCCUGUUAGAAGCUAAUGGAAGUACUCUCAUUGGUCUCACGAAUUAUGAGGCUUUAGAAGUACUAAGGACAGCACCAAAUCAAGUCGAACUGAAGAUAUGCAGGCCCCCGCCGGACGUACUGACCUGCGUGAGCCCAAUUUCCGAGGCUCCACCCCCGCCCCCAAGAAGGGAGGCAGCCGGCGGACCCAACGAGCCGCCUCUGGGCUACAGCUCUCCGGAAGACGAUUAUUACCACGGGGAAUUCGAGAUAAUCAUCAACAAGAUACAAGGUUCGCUGGGCUUCACGCUUCGGAAAGAAGAUGAUAGCGCCCUCGGUCAUUAUGUGAGAGCAUUAGUCCGUGAACCAGCCCUAACCGAUGGCAGGAUUAGGGCGGGAGAUAAAAUCGUUGCGGUGAACGACGUUGAAAUAUCUCCCAUGAGCCACGAGCAAGCGGUGCAGUUUCUGCGGCAGUGCGACGAGGAGGUGAAAUUGCGCCUGUAUAGGGACGCCGCCCAGACGCCUGUGGCUGCUCUGUCCCCGACCGAGACUACCCCCAGGACAUCGUUCUCCCGGAAAUCCAAUUUGAGACAGGAGGCUGUGGACAUGCUGAACGAUAUAGCGGUCCGUAAGCUGAUCCCAGGUAAUCAAGACACAUACAGACGAUCACUUUCACCAAGUGCUUCACCCAGGAGGCUGCGUCGCCAACCUUACCCAUCCGAUGCCUCUCAAGAAACCGAUCACUCUUCCACCAAAUACCCCGCUAUAAGCGACAACGAUCAAUUUCACGAGGGGCUGCUUCUCCACGCGCACCCCUUCAACGACGACACCUCUCUGUUCAUAGUCGACUCUUCGGACGACUGCGACAAACCGUCUCGACCCAGUUCCCUUGAUCUUUACAAUCCUAACCAAACUCCGGUGGUGGCGCGAAAGCCCCGCUUCAACUUCUCCCUUGCCCACAACGCAUACGAACUCAAUAAUCUUGACGCUGAAGUUUUAGACGCGCCUAAUCUUACGUAUAACCUAGGUCAUGACGAAGGUAAGGGCCCAGAUCAAGGCCAAGCCAAUGACAGCUUCGGUCAGGGACCUGCCAGCAUGCCCCACAUUCCCCUCGAGAAUUCCUCCGCCGGGUUCAGCUACAAGAACCCAGCGUACCAGACCGCCCAUCCGUCCUGUGUCAUUGACCACGAAGAACAGCCUCCGACGACCUCUAGGACGGUGCUUCCGACCCAAGAAGAUGAUGCCCAGAUGAGGAGGUGGAAAGGCGCUGUAUUGGAGGAGAAGGAGGAGCCUAUCCAGUGCACGGCUGAUUUCAAGAUGCGGGAAGAAAACGAGGUUCUUGCCAUCGAACUUAACCGUGGAUGGAAUAGCAGAUUAGGAUUCAGUUUACAAGGAGCAGCAGGAGUGACAUAUGUCAGCGCCGUGUACGCAAACAGUGUGGCAGCAAAGGAUGGUCGACUUAAACCAGGUGAUCGUGUGUUACGGGUGAACGACGAGAGUGUGGAGCAUUUGUCUACAAUGGAAAUUAUUGAUUUAUUGAGAAUUGUGAGGGGUCCAGUUUGUAUUGUUGUUUCCAGAACAAAUUCAAAGGAAGACUGUAUUAAAAGCAAUGCUGCGAAUUGAAUUGUAGUACUUAAAAUGCCGAAGAUGCAUUUCUUCUUAGUAUAGGGCAAAGGCAAAACGACAGUGGAUUAAAUAAGAACUAUAACUUGAAGUUGGUUGGGAAAAAGGUCAAAAUAACUGAAACCACUAUGGAUCUGUUGCCGACGUUUCGACUUUUAUAUAGUCAUCCUCAGGGCACUGCAAUAGGGAUUGUGAUUAUCAUACAAGGAUUGAUAAUAGAACAAAUAAUAAAAUAAAUGGUAAAAUAACAAUAGAGUCAAAAAACACAAACUGCAAAUAGGUCAAUUUCUACAAAAAUAUAAGUGGUUUCUGUUAUUUCAUCCUUUUUCCCAACCAACUUCAAGUUAUAAUAAUCAGUGAGGUCACAAAACAUCAUACAUUAAAUGAGAACUUUUGCUUUGUUCUGUACUCCCAUAUUCUAAAUUAGUCUAAAAUUAUGGCAUAGCUAUUAUAUUCUCUCGUACUCAAAGUCAUGCCUUGACAAUGAAUGCAUCCACUUGAUUAUCCCAAAAAUAUUUACCAAUUAUAGAAUGUAGUUGUUAAGAGUUGGAUUUAUUCACGAGGACUUCGUGUUUUCUGUAUAUUAUUGAUUAUAUAUAAUGUUGCAUCUAAUUCAUGUAAAAUAUCUCUAAAAAAAAUUGUGAUAAUUUGAUUUGUCUACAUAUGUGUAUAUCUAUUAUAUAUUUUUAUUAAUAUUUGAAAAUGGAAUCUUUCAAAAUUAAUUCAAACACUUAUAUCCAGAUGUGACAUUUAAACUGAUAUUUUGUCUUAUAUAUCUAUCUUAAGAUUCCAGUUUCAAUUAUUUUUGUAUAUUCACAGGUUGUUCCUCAAGUUGUAUUUUUAGUUUGUGAAGUUUUUACGUUUUAAUAUUUCUUUAGUAUUUAUAUUUUCCAUUUAGGAAGUAUUCAACUUUGUAGAACAUCCUGUUAAUUGUGAUCUAUUCGUAGGCUGUGUAUUUGGGAAUCUAAAGGAAUAUCGCCAUCCAUAUUCAUUAGUGAAGUAAAUAUCCAAAAAUUCUGGAAAAUAUCAAAUAGUCAAGAGCAAUACUGAUGCAGUGCCCAAAAGCUGAAUAUUUUAAUAAUUUUAACUAUUCAGUUUGGAAGAGGUAGACCUGAUUGAGUAACUUAAUUUCCUUACUGUCUAGUCUUCAGCAAAUAUUCAAUUUAAAAAUUCCUAGAACUCCGAAUAACUCUCAGAUAUUGAAACAAUUCGGUUGUUCAAUGAAAUAUUGGAAUUCUCAGAGCUGACAUGUUGUUCAUCUUAUUUAAAAUGUACUUAGAGGUGUAAGCUAGUCUAAUGCGUACAAAGAAAGAUAUUCUUUGUGAAGAUACCAAAUUACAAAACUUAUAAUUUAAGAAUAGAUAUAGAUUCGAAUCGAUGUAGUUGAAAUAUGUACAUCAAAUUGUGAAAUGUUUGAAGUAGUAUAUGCACAGUAUUAACAAAAAAAUAUAUGAAAUCAAUUAUCUAUAAGAGGAUGAAAAAUUAUUCUAAAUAUUUGCCUAAUAGAAACUGCAUUAUUUAUUUUUUGUAUGAAAAUGGAUAUUACCUCUACUUCUCAAUGAAUUUUAAAUAUAGAAAAGUUUUAAUAGUGUUUCUCCUUCUUUCUGUAAAUAUUAUUUUAAUCGAAAAAUCUCUCAUCUCUUCUUAUUUAAAACCAAAGAUGAAAUAAAUAUCGUUAAAUCUUUCA